UUUACGCAUUGACACCAGACGGAACAGAGUAGCCUAGCCAGCUACUCUUAUCGAAUAACAGUUAGGUGAAUCGUGUAACAUCAAUUCUUACUGUGGUGUGUGCUGUCAGUGAUUAGUUAGUGGGAUGGUUGCGGAAACAGUGUCUAGUUAUGGCCGCUUGUGGGUGGAUCGUCCACAAACGUUGGCCGUACUGUCAGACUUCUUCAUCUUCCUUACGGGUGGCAUGAAUUUGGCUGUCAGCGUUGGCUGGGCGAGAGAUGAAUACACAUUGCAGUUUCGCAUUUGUUGGUAUAUUGGAGUAGCGAUUGGUGCUUUUAUUGCACCGCCACUAGUGCAAUGGAAACGGAAGCGUUUGUAUAUUAUUCUACCCAAUCUGCUUGUGGCGGCUUCCGCCAUUGUCGCUGUCUCAGGCUAUCAAUAUUUGGGCGUCGGUAUCGCAUCACGUUACAUUGAUGGCAUCUGCAUUGGACUGGCUACCGUCUCUUUCAUCACACAUGUCAGUGAGAUCUCUUCGGAACAUCGACGUGGCUUCUGUUUGGCCUUCGAACAAAUCGGACUUGCCGUUGGCGCCUACGUACAAAUGCUCUACACUUCACUUUGGAUACAGGGCACAAACUUUAGCCCAAGUUUACUAAUGGGUUUGUGUAAUUUAUUCUUUGGCUGCAUGGCGGCCUUCUUGACGUACACGCAAAAGGACUCACCUGUCUUUCAUAUGAGAAAGGGUGACGAAACAAGCGCCGUGGCCUGUGUAAAUGUACUCUAUCAACCACCGAUAAUGACGGAAAAUAAACAAUUAGCAAUUACUGAUAUCAAAAUGUAUGUAGCAAUGAACGAUUCGAUGUCGUUGGGCGAAAGUUUCGCCAAAGGCUUGGUGCCGCUUAUCAAAAUGAUCAUAUACCGUAGUAUGCUUUCGUUCAUCAUUUCAUUGCCAAUUAUGUUGGCGCUGAAUGAUGGUGGUAUAAUUAGUGCACCGAAUGUUAUCAAUUGGCAUCCAAUACUGUAUGGAUUUUUGGGUGUGCUAGGACCCGUUGUGGCCUCAACAACAUUGGGUGGCAUCGGACACAAAUGGUUGAGUUUGUUUACCCUCUUAGUGGCUGGUGGUAUGUUCCUCGGCGUGGGCAUUGUAUAUCAUGUCGACUCAAAUCUGUCAGUCGAAGUGCGUAUGUCAAUGGUUGUUGCUUUGCUAAUGAUUGGACAAUUUCUUGGCGGCAUAUUCGCGCCGAGCACAACGGUGUUUCUCGGUGAGGCAUUUCCUUUGAAAGUGAAGCCCUAUUUCAUAGCUAUCUGUAUAAUUGUGCAAAAUAUGGUGGGUUUAAUUAUAGUCUGUACAUACAAUUAUACUUCAUACAAUGAAUUCGUUUACUGUGUCGUUGUGGGCGUAAUAAUGAUGUUUUUCGCAAUCGUGUUCGCCUUUACAUUGCCGGAAACUAGAAAGAGGAAGUUGCGUGAAGCUCAAGAGCAAUUUGAGUAUUUCUUUAAUUUCAAAGUGCAGUGAGGGAAGGUUCGGCUAAAGGUUAGGAGCAGAAGCUUUUAGAAGUUAUUUUGGGGCUAAAUUAAGUAGUUUCACUUAUGAAAGCUCUUUCAAGUCUUUUAAACUUUUAACGAAAGUCAAGCACAAAGAGCUUCGCCAUAUUAGAAAUAGUAUACAUUAAUUGCUUUAAUUUAUAAAUAAAACAUAAUAAAAAAUUUUUUCACAAAGCUUUUAUUAUUGUGCACGUGGGCUGAGCCAAGUGAAAGUAAAGUUUUUUUUUUAAGGAGUUUCCAUGCAACCUUUAACGACAUUCAGUUUAAAAAAGGUGCGAAAAUAUCUAAAUGAAAAAGUUUUUACAAAUCUACUUAAAGCUUUUAUUACUAUACUCAGCUUAGUGGCUUUUUUUUAUAAAAGCUAAUACGUAAACUUACAGUGAAAGUGCAGCUUUUUUGUAAGGAGUUUCCAUGCAACCUUUAACGACAUUCAGUUUAAAAAAGUUACGAAAAUUUUUAAAUGAAAAGAAAUGAAAAUUUAUCAAAACUCUGCUUUUAAGCUUUGAAACACUUUUCAGCAUGCUUUUGGCGUAAACUUCGUAACUUUUUUGUUAUGAAAAUUUCCGUUCAGUGUAAGCUAAGCUUUUGUAUUACGAAAGCUCUUCAAGACUUUUUGUAAGCAUUUCAUCAGCGCGAUCAAACAUUUUCUUGUAUAUUAAAUUCUUAAGAGUUAAAUUGUAUUUUUAAUUAUCUGAAUAAAUAUGUUAGCUAUAAUUAUUGGUAAUUUAAGUGAAAAAUUGAUUUUAACGAGCCAUAAAAUUUAU